CUAAAAAAAGAUGGCAUCACCUGUGUGUUUCUUAACCAUGCGGAUGCUUUUCCUCUUUUCGCUGUCUUUGUUUCAUCUUAGAGCAUGUUAUUCUUCUCCUUCCAUGCAACCUCUAUGCCAUGAGGACGAGAGUUAUGCCUUGUUGCAGCUAAAGGAAAGCCUUGUCAUUAAUGAGUCCGCCUCUUCUGAUCCUUCUGCUUAUCCCAAGGUUGCAUCAUGGAGAGUUGAUGGAGAAAGCGGUGAUUGCUGCUCUUGGGAUGGUGUUGAAUGCGAUCGGGACUCUGGUCAUGUGAUUGGCCUUGACCUCAGUAGCAGCUUUCUUCAUGGCUCCAUCAACUCUAAUAGCAGCCUCUUUCACCUUGUUCAGCUCAGAAGGCUGAAUCUUUCUGGCAACGACUUCAACAACUCCAAAAUCCCUUGUGAGAUUCGAAAUCUCUCAAGGCUGUUUGAUCUAAAUCUCUCAAAUUCUAACUUUUCUGGUCAGAUUCCAGCGGAGAUCUUAGAGCUUUCAAAGUUGGUUUCCCUUGAUCUGCGAUGGAAUUCUUUGAAGCUCCAAAAGCCUGGUCUGCAACAUUUAGUUGAAGCAUUAACCAACUUGGAGGUGCUCCAUCUCAGUGGAGUGAGCAUAUCAGCCAAGGUACCUCAAAUCAUGGCAAACUUAUCCUCUCUGUCAUCUCUGUUUCUCAGGGAUUGUGGAUUGCUAGGAGAGUUCCCCGUGGGAAUAUUCCAAUUACCCAACCUUCGCUUUCUCAGUAUCCGGUACAAUCCAUAUCUCACUGGAUAUUUUCCGGAAUUUACGUCGGGCAGCCAGCUCGAAAUAUUGUUGCUUGCAGGGACGAAUUUCUCUGGUCAGCUACCAGAGUCCAUAGGAAACCUCAAAUCAUUGACAGAGCUUGAUGUGGCUGAAAGUAAUUUUUCAGGGGUGAUGCCAUCUUCACUUGGUAAUCUUACAAAACUGAACUCUCUAGACCUUUCUGAUAACCGUUUCUCUGGGAAAAUCCCUCCUUCUUUUGUCAACCUUCUUCAACUUACUUACCUGUCCCUUUCUGACAACAAUUUCACACCUGGAACCUUGCAUUGGCUCGGUAAUCUAACCAAACUCAAUUAUGUAGGCUUGGCUCGAACCAAUUCAUACGGUGACAUUCCAUCCUCUCUUAGAAAUUUGACUCAGCUAACCGUGUUAAAGCUCGGUAAGAAUAAAUUAACUGGUCUAAUUCCAGAGUCUUUUUUUAGGCUUCCAAAUCUUGAAACCCUUAACCUACAACAUAAUUUCUUCAGUGGCACUGUAAAAAUUGGCCUUCUUAAGUCAAGAAGCCUUGUCUCCUUCCAAUUAUCUGGCAACAAUUUGUCUCUGCUUGAUUACCACAAUGAUAGCAUUGCUCUACUAAAAUUUAAAACUUUAGGUUUGGGUGGAUGCAAUUUAUCAGGCGAGUUUCCAAGUUUUUUACGAAGUCAAAAGCACUUGGAGUUUUUAGAACUCGGUGGUAACAAAAUUGAGGGGCACAUACCAAAAUGGUUUAUGAACUUGGGCACCGAAACACUUUGGUAUUUAAAUCUCGGAGGCAACCUUCUAACAGGUUUUGAGCAGCCCGUUGGUGUUCUUCCAUGGAAUAAUCUAAAAGUAUUGAUACUUGAACAGAACAAGCUUCAAGGAGCCCUUCCAAUCCCACCGCCUUCCAUAUUAUCCUAUGAUGCAUCAUACAACCGGUUAACUGGGGAAAUCGCACCAGCAAUCUGCAAUCUGACAUCUCUUUUUAUCCUCGAUUUGUCUCAUAACAAUUUCAAUAGUAAGCUUCCGCAAUGUUUAGGAAACAUAAGUAACGCUGCUUCAGUAGUCGAUCUACAAAGCAACAGCUUCAGCGGUGACAUUCCUGAAGCUUUCUCAAGUGACUGCGCAUUGAGGGCAAUCGACUUCAGUCAAAACCAAUUGGAAGGGAAGAUACCAAAAUCAUUAUCCAAUUGUACCAAGCUAGAGAUUCUCAAUAUUGAACAAAACAAGAUAAAUGAUGUCUUCCCUUCAUGGUUGGGUAUUUUGCCAAAGUUGAGGGUUCUGAUUUUGAGAUCCAAUGGGAUCCAUGGCGUGAUUGGGAAACCUAAAACUAAUUUUGAAUUCCAGAGGUUACAGAUUGUUGAUCUAUCCAAUAAUGGUUUUUGGGGUAAGUUGCCACUCGAAUACUUUCGAAAUUGGUCUGCCAUGAAAACUAUCUAUAAAGAACACCCGUUGUACAUGCAAGUAGUCUCAACUUUCGAAUUUCCAGGGAAUAAAAUAGUUUAUUCUUUUCACUACUCAAUGACGAUGACAAACAAAGGUGUGAUGAGAUUAUAUGAGAAGAUCCAAGAUAGUCUCACUGCUAUCGAUCUCUCAAGCAAUGGUUUUGAAGGAGGAAUUCCAGAGGUCCUCGGAGAUCUCAAAGAACUUCAUUUGCUCAAUCUCUCCAACAACUUUCUCAGUGGUCGCAUCCUUCCAUCCUUGGCCAACUUGAAAGAGCUUGAAGCUUUGGACCUUUCUCAGAACAAACUCUCGGGAGAGAUUCCUGUCCAACUUGCACAGCUUACCUUCCUCGAGGUCUUUAAUGUGUCUCACAAUUUUCUCUCAGGUCCGAUACCACGAGGAAACCAAUUCGAGACAUUUGACAACACUUCAUUUGACGCAAAUCCAGAAUUGUGUGGGGAGCCGUUGUCAAAAAAAGAAUGUGGAAAUGGUGAGGACUCGCUGCCAGCAGCUAAAGAAGAUGAGGGCUCGGGAUAUCCACUUGAAUUUGGUUGGAAGGUGGUGGUGAUAGUUUAUGCAAGUGGAGUGGUAAUUGGAGUGAUUCUUGGAUGCGCUAUGAACACAAGGAAGUAUGAAUGGUUGGUGAAGAAUUAUUUGGCAAUACAAAGGUCAAAACUUGAAGACUCUAAUUAUUAAGGUGUUUACUAGUUUGUGAAUCAUGUUAAGAUUGUGUUUUCUUUUCCUUGUCUUCUCUUUCUUAAUUCUCACUUGUAAGGAUAAGAGUGAUUUUCUCUUGG